GGGAUAGGGGGUUUUGCUAGAGUGGCCUAGUCCUAGCAGGCGUCCUGCGUCUUCCAGACUAAUGCUUUAUUAGCGGGAAAAAAAAUUAUGAAUGAAGCGAGAGAGAACAAUGAGCGCAGCACCCAAUGCAAAAACCCAAGGAGAAUAUUCUGGGGUCUAAGAAACGUAGAUGUGAGUCCUGGCUCCACCUCCUUGCUUGGCUCAAGCAGAUCACCCCAGCUCUAUCACAGGAAGUUUUCUGGCUGCCAAUUAAAGCUGAGAAGGUCAAAAGAGACGGAGGGAAGCAAAAUUCAUGCCACUUCUUCACAACACAAUCAGUGUCAUCCUCAUUUUACAGAACCCAGAGCGAGGAGGAGGCGUCAGUGUAUUCCACAGUCUCUCCUCCAGCAGAACACAGCAGGCUGGCCUUAUUUUAGGGUCACUGAACCCGGGAACUUCUCCAUUCUGCUUCUCAUCUCUGUGAAGCACGGGAAGGGGCACCUGUGGCGGUAAGAGGUCCUCCUGUCUUGACUGACUCCUGUACAGCACCUUACAGUAUCUCCAAACACCCCAGCAAUCCAUCAUUUAAUUUCAUUCUCCCUCAUCCUCCUAAUAAUCCCAGGUGACAAAGACAGCACAGUACCGGCAACCCCAUGUUGCAGGAGAGGUGUGGUGAUUUGUCCAGGGCCACGUGACCAGACAGACCCUUUACCAAAUUGGCACCAGAGUCUCUUGCCAGAAUCCCCUGUUCCUUUUCUCUCCACAGAUCAUGGUGUGUGGGGUCCAGGCCUUGGAUAUUUGUCCCCAAAUCAAGGAUGAAGGGGUAGCAAUUCUAGGGCAAGAGCGUUAGACCUGAUUUUAGCCAGUCUCUCCUCAGCUCCACAUUUCUUCCUCCUCUUUCCUCUCUCUUCCGAGAACAGGGACCUCACCCAGCCCCACUCCUGGCCUUUUGGGAGGGCCUGAGAGAUACUAGCGACUAGGGCAGAAGAACUCCUGGGUUCCUGGGAUUUCUUGUUCCUGUCUCUGUUGGGACUCCCUUUGGACAGCCUCCCCACCCCAGCCUCAGCCUCCGGCCGGCCUGCACUACCAUGUUGUAGGUGGAAGGGCCUUUCUGUUUGGUUCUAGGCGGCCCGGGCGCACACUGGGGAGAAAAGAGUUAAAGCCAGGUCCCAGGAUAACCGGGAGCGGGAAGUUCCGGUGGCCCAAGCUGGAGUGGAAUGGGGAGACCGCUAGGAAGAGCGGUUUGGGACGGAAGGGGGCGUAGGUGCCAGCCAUGCUAAUCCGCGCUUCACCCCCAUCAGGGCUCGGCAUCCACUGGUAAGCCGCACCCCCCGCCCCCAGCCCCAAGGCCGGUUUCUCCUCUCCCCUCAGAGCGGGCCGCCCUCACCCCGGGCCAGACCGAGGCCAGCGCCGAGCCCGGUCUAGAGCCAGGAGGGGCGUGCCUCCCUCCGGCCGCCCUCCCAUUGUCUGUGCGGAGCCGCCGGAGGGGCUGCGAGGGGCGGGGCCGGGGCGGGCAGAGGGAGGGAGGAAGGGAGGGAGGGGGCGGGGGGAGAUGCUGAGCCUUCAGGGGCGGAGGAGGCUGCGGCCGCAGAGGAGAGAGCGGGAGGAGGGAGGGAAGGCAGGAAGAGGGCAACCAAAGACCGGGCCAGGUGGCUGCACCGGGUGCUGGCUGCGCUGCGCUGCUCUCGGUUCCGACGGCCUUUCUCAUGCGCUGAGGGCGCCCGGCUGGGCCGGGCCGGCGGCCGGAGGGGAGACUCCUCUCCAUGGUCCAGAAGACCAGCAUGUCCCGGGGCCCUUACCCACCCUCCCAGGAGAUCCCCAUGGAGGUCUUCGACCCCAGCCCACAGGGCAAAUACAGCAAGAGGAAAGGGCGGUUCAAAAGGUCGGAUGGGAGCACGUCCUCGGAUACAACAUCCAACAGCUUUGUCCGCCAGGGCUCGGCGGAGUCCUAUACCAGCCGUCCGUCGGACUCCGACGUGUCUCUGGAGGAGGACCGGGAGGCCUUAAGGAAGGAGGCAGAGCGCCAGGCAUUAGCCCAGCUCGAGAAAGCCAAGACCAAGCCGGUGGCAUUUGCUGUGCGGACAAAUGUCGGCUACAACCCGACUCCAGGGGAUGAGGUGCCUGUGCAGGGAGUGGCCAUCACCUUCGAGCCCAAGGACUUCCUGCACAUCAAAGAGAAAUACAAUAAUGACUGGUGGAUCGGGCGGCUGGUGAAGGAGGGCUGUGAGGUUGGCUUCAUCCCCAGCCCUGUCAAACUGGACAGCCUGCGCCUGCUGCAGGAACAGAAGCUGCGCCAGAACCGCCUCAGCUCCAGCAAAUCAGGUGACAACUCCAGCUCCAGUCUGGGAGACGUGGUGACUGGCACCCGCCGCCCCACGCCCCCUGCCAGUGGUAAUGAAAUGACUAACUUAGCAUUUGAACUAGACCCCCUAGAGUUAGAGGAUGAGGAGGCAGAGCUUGGUGAGCAGAGUGGCUCUGCCAAGACUAGUGUUAGCAGUGUCACCACCUCGCCACCCCAUGGCAAACGCAUCCCCUUCUUCAAGAAGACAGAGCAUGUGCCCCCCUAUGACGUGGUACCUUCCAUGAGGCCCAUCAUCCUGGUGGGACCGUCGCUCAAGGGCUAUGAGGUUACAGACAUGAUGCAGAAAGCUUUAUUUGACUUCUUGAAACAUCGGUUUGAUGGCAGGAUCUCCAUCACUCGUGUGACAGCAGACAUUUCCCUGGCUAAGCGCUCAGUCCUCAACAACCCCAGCAAACAUAUUAUCAUUGAGCGCUCCAACACACGCUCCAGCCUGGCUGAGGUUCAGAGCGAGAUCGAGCGAAUCUUCGAGCUGGCCCGGACCCUUCAGUUGGUCGCUCUGGACGCCGACACCAUCAACCACCCAGCCCAGCUUUCCAAGACCUCACUGGCCCCCAUCAUUGUUUACAUCAAGAUCACCUCUCCCAAGGUACUUCAGAGGCUCAUCAAGUCUCGAGGGAAGUCUCAGUCCAAACACCUCAAUGUCCAAAUAGCAGCCUCGGAGAAGCUGGCGCAGUGUCCCCCCGAAAUGUUUGAUAUCAUCCUGGACGAGAACCAAUUGGAGGAUGCCUGCGAGCACUUGGCCGAAUACUUGGAAGCCUAUUGGAAGGCCACACACCCGCCCAGCAGCACCCCGCCCAAUCCGCUGCUGAACCGCACCAUGGCUACGGCAGCCCUGGCUGCCAGCCCCGCCCCUGUCUCCAACCUCCAGGGACCCUACCUUGCUUCCGGGGACCAGUCGCUGGAACGGGCCACCGGGGAGCACCCCAGCGUGCACGAGUCCCCAGGGGAGCCGGGCCACCCCCCAGGCCUUUACCCCAGCAGCCACCCACCAGGCCGGGCAGGCACCCUGCGGGCACUUUCCCGCCAAGACACGUUUGAUGCUGACACUCCUGGCAACCGAAACUCUGCCUACACGGAGCUGGGAGACUCAUGUGUGGACAUGGAGACUGACCCCUCAGAGGGGCCGGGGCUUGGAGACCCUGCAGGGGGCAGCACCCCACCAGCCCGUCAGGGAUCCUGGGAGGAUGAAGAUGAUGACUAUGAAGAGGAGCUGACCGACAACCGGAACCGCGGCCGGAAUAAGGCCCGCUACUGCGCGGAGGGCGGGGGUCCAGUUCUGGGGCGCAACAAGAAUGAGCUGGAGGGCUGGGGGCGGGGUGUCUACAUCCGCUGAGAGGCAGAGGACAUGCAGUGGGAGGAAAGGCUCUGAGCCCGGGGGAGGGGAGGGACAGAGGGGCUCACCACAGGGGACGUAUCUUGCCUCCAGGGGGCGCUGUCUCCCUCCUUUCAGAUGCCUUUGCUCGAUGUUUGGGAUUUCUGUGGUGGUAGCAUCCCAGCUCCUGGGAGUCCCUUAAGCCCCAGCUGUAGGUUUUUACCUACCUGCUGUGGGUGGGUGGGUGGGGGGGGGUUGCCCACCUUUCUGCAGUGCCCCCUUUUCCCCACCUCAGGGGGCUCUCUCCCCUCACUCUCCCAGAGAAAAGGUGCACUUCCUUAACUCUUUGUACUUGGGCCUCUAAAUGAGGGUCCUAAAUGGGGUGGCCCUUUCUUUUCCAAAGCUGGAGUAUUUGGGAAGGGUAGGGAGCUUCUCCUGGAGAGGGAGAGCACAGACUCUCUCCCAUGAAGGCUCUCUUUCCCAAACCCCAAAUCCAGGAUCCCUCACCAUGUUCUCCCUCCACCCAGCUUCCUGGCAGCAUUGUCUGACAGAUAGGUGAAGGCUACAGCGGAAGCCCCAUGGGGAGCUUGUCUUGGGGGGGAGGGGGGCUCUGGGUGGAAGCUGGCAGGCAUCAGCAGUAGUGCCCUCUGCGUGCCCAGGACCUAGAACCCUGAGGAGUGGGUUGCAACCCGUGACACUGCUACCCACCCCACCUCUUCCAUCCUUGGCCCUUGCCAACCCUAGGAAUGAGCUUUGCCUACAACAUCCCUUGCCUGCUGCCAUCAGAAGAGGGGGCCCAGCUGCGUCUGAGCCCCCCAUGCUUGUGUCACCUCAGUGUGGAACCCAUAGAACACUCUGGUCCGCCUCAUCUUGAAACCAAAAAACUGCUCCUUCACUUUCACUCUCACUCUGAGGCCCCAGGGGAGAGGCCCUCUGGGUUGGUGCCCAAGAGGUGAUCACCCCAGAGGUUGCCUUGGAUCUCCCCUGGGGGGCUUGGCUGCUGCUGCUGCUGCUACUGCUCUGUAUUUGCCUCUUGUGAUCCUGUCCUUUGCCCAUGUCCACUCCCCCCAGGAGAGGCCGUGGUACCCCCUCUGCCCUAGAGUGUCCCUCUGCCUAGCAUCCCCUAGCCCAGCAGCUCUGCCCCUCCCCAGCAUCCCAGCUGGGCCAGAGAGAGCCGAUUGUGCCAACGAGGACUGGGCCCUGCCCAGCUGCCCACCUCAGGGAUGGGCACCUCAUGCCUGUCUCGCCACCUCCUGUGCCAAUGUUGUCCCACCUUCCCCACGUUGGGGGUGGGGUGCAGCUUCCACUUACUGGUUAGAAGACACUACUGCCCAACCUUUCCCCUCCCUGUCUGGUGUCCUGUGCCCCCAUCUGUCUGUCUGUCUGUACUACCCUAGGAGAAGUAUUUUGCCACAUAUAAAACCGCCUCCUGUCCUUUGUGGCCGCCUCCUGAGCCUGCUUCUUU